AUGUCUGAAUACACGAUCAGUGGCAACGUCGACACGGACUAUGAUGAGUACGACUUCGACGAUAGCUCUGAGCUGACCCCAGUGUCAAAAGACGGAGUUCUUAAAGUCAAAUUCCAGGAAUUAACACAAGUGGAUUCGUUCGACAGGUCUGCUGAAGAUGCCAUAAAAGAACACUAUCGUGGUGAUCUAGGGACUUUGCUUAAUGCUGAGGAGCAAGAGCGCUCGAAUCGUCAGGGGCUUCUAAUGACUCCGUCACAACCUCGAAAACGCUUUGGCAGACUUCGUAGUUUACCUCCUAAACCAUUUUCACCGAAGUGGAGCAUAUCCACUGACCACAUCGCAGAAAGCACUUGGCGAGAUAGUGACAUCGGUUUUGGGUCCUAUGCGGAAGUUUGUCGUGGUACGUGGCUUGGAGCUUCUGUGGCACUAAAAAAGCUCAGAACGUUUGAUCUCAAAUCAGCCCAAAAACUUCGAGAAGAGGCCCACAUUUGGUUUGCUUUGAGACACCCAAACAUCGUCUGUUUGUUUGGUGCAUGCACGAAAGGUUACCCGCUUUUUGUUUGUGAAUAUAUCGAUGGAAAAAGGCUUGACGAGUGUCAAGUAGGGGUUGAGGUCAGUAAGGAGCAGAUGUGGGGAUAUUUGCAUGACGCGGCGGUCGGGUUACAAGGACUUCAUCUGCAUGGUGUUGUCCAUGCUGAUCUCAAGGGUGAUAAUAUUUUGAUUGGUGCUAACGGUCGAGCGAAGCUGAUUGAUUUUGGGUUAAGCUGUCUACGAAUGUGCGAUGGAGGGGAACCUCGUGGUGCUUUACAAUGGAAAGCCCCGGAAUGUAUCGCAGGUGCAGGUCCUACGUUUGAGUCGGAUGUCUAUGGCUUUGGAAUGUGCAUCAUUCAGGCAUUUUCUGGCCAUUGUCCGUGGGGACGAUGUCCGGAUAAUGCUGUCAAAAUACUCUUGAGAAGUGGGGGAUUCCCCAAAACACCGGUUACACUGAAAGAACUGGAAUGGGAGGCUGUAAGGAAAAUAUGCUGCCAAGACCCGCAAGCUAGACUCACAGUUGACUUGGUGGUUCGUGUGGUUGGCUUCUUUGCGGGCCGCCAGCCGUAUAUUGACGACACUACUCUUCAGAAAGAGAUAACUUCGUGGAAAAAUGCCACUAAGUGACGCUAAUCGUAAGGCCGGGCUUAUUCUACUAAAGCAUUUUUACACUAUCGUGCGCU